CACAAGGCAUUUCGGUCUACGUCAUAAAUCUGCGCAGAGCUGAGGUGGCUUUAGAGCGGAGGUUGUUUUCCCGGCGGCUCACCUGAAUUCCCCGCUGCUGCUCUCAACAUGACUAAACUUCUGGAGUGGCUGCUCGGCGUGUCCCUGGUGUUAGCGGCUUGGGCUGUGGUGUCUUUCGACCUGUUGGAGCAGAGGCUGCCGCAGAGCUACCGAGAGGCGGCCUGGCCGAUGCCCCUGUACCUGCUGGUGUCUUUCGGCUGUUACUCCCUGGGCACGGUGGGGUACCGAGUGGCCACCUUCAAUGACUGUGAUGAGGCGUCCGCCGAGCUGCUGGGGCAGAUACAGGAAGCCAAACAGGACUUGAGGAAAAAGGGCUUAAAGAUAUAGAGCUUCUAAAGGACUAUGUAGACGUUUUUGAGAGACUGAAAGGGAUGCACGGACUACUUUUACUAACAACAUAGUGAAUACAGAACACAUUGUUGUUUAGGAUGUGUUGGAUGAAACUUUGAACUUGUACACUCUUUUUUUGUUUACAGCAGACAUUGAAUAAUCAUCUAUCACAAUAACCAUUUAUGCAGCAGUGUUUGUGAUUUUUCAGUGUCAUCUCUUACAGAUUAAAUACUGAUCAGAUGGUCUUCUGGAAAUGAGAAAUAAACAGCCUGAUACCUACUUGUAUGAAGCAACAUAUUAUUUAACAACACCAUAUUCUGUUUGGGUCCUUUAACAGCAGGUGGUUUUACUGAUGAACACAUCUCAAACCAGAUAAAACAAGCACAAUUGUGAUAGGUGCUGUGUUUGGUUAAUAACUACACAUGGUUAAACACCCCUGAAAAUCACUGCUCUGCUUAAGUUUCAUCUGUAACAAGUUGCCCAUCAUUGAAAUGCUAACAAAUGAAACCAAACAAUGGGACAAUCUCACUUAAGACCAUGGGGAAUGUUCAGACGCUUCAAUUUGUAUCAUGACUACACAGUGGGGACCGUGUGUGUGUGGCUUUUCUGUAUAGACGCACUAGAUUUUAUCUGUGAAAAAGUGUACAUUCCAUUGUGCAAUUUCAGAUGCUAUAACUGGAACAAAAUUAAAAUUGAGUCUAUUUUUCUUCA